AUGGCUGAAGAACCAGAAGCUGAUCUUGAUUCCAUUGUGGAUAGAUUAUUAGAAGUUAGAGGUUCAAGACCUGGUCAACAAGUACAAUUAGAAGAAUUUGAAAUUAGAUACUUGUGUAAAAAAGCUAGAGAAAUUUUCAUUCAACAACCAAUUUUAUUAGAAUUAGAAGCUCCAAUUAAAAUUUGUGGUGAUAUACAUGGUCAAUAUUAUGAUUUAUUAAGAUUAUUUGAAUAUGGUGGUUUCCCUCCAGAAUCAAAUUAUUUAUUCCUUGGUGAUUAUGUGGAUAGAGGUAAACAAUCUUUAGAAACUAUAUGUUUAUUAUUAGCUUAUAAAAUUAAAUAUCCAGAAAAUUUCUUUAUUUUAAGAGGUAAUCAUGAAUGUGCUUCAAUUAAUAGAAUUUAUGGAUUUUAUGAUGAAUGUAAAAGACGUUAUAAUAUUAAACUUUGGAAAACUUUUACUGAUUGUUUUAAUUGUUUACCAAUUGCUGCUAUAAUUGAUGAAAAAAUCUUUACAAUGCAUGGUGGAUUAUCACCUGAUUUAAAUUCAAUGGAACAAAUAAGAAGAGUUAUGAGACCAACUGAUAUACCUGAUGUUGGUUUAUUAUGUGAUUUAUUAUGGUCUGAUCCUGAUAAAGAUAUUACUGGUUGGAGUGAAAAUGAUCGUGGUGUAAGUUUUACAUUUGGUCCUGAUGUUGUUUCAAGAUUUUUACAAAAACAUGAUAUGGAUUUAAUUUGUAGAGCUCAUCAAGUUGUUGAAGAUGGUUAUGAAUUUUUUUCUAAAAGACAAUUAGUUACAUUAUUUUCUGCUCCAAAUUAUUGUGGUGAAUUUGAUAAUGCAGGUGCAAUGAUGAGUGUUGAUGAAAGUUUAUUAUGUUCAUUUCAAAUUUUAAAACCUGCUGAAAAAAAACCAAAAUCUUCUGAUUAUACUUCAAUGGGACAAAAUAGAUCAAUGACUCCUCCAAAAAAGAAGAAAAAUUCUGGUAAAUAA